CGCCGGGGGUCUUUCGGAUGAAUGACCGAGGCGCGUAAGCAGCACGGCACCUGUAGUUCAUGGCGUGGAGUGUUUAUAACUGAAUAGUUUAGUUAUUUACAUUUCAUUGGGUCGAUAAUACAGUUCCCUGAUGGAGGAGUUGGACGUUGAGCCGGCCAUCACCAAUAUUCCUGCAGCCAGUUAUGGGAAGCACUUGGGAUUUGCCUGGGGUCCAGGUGAUAUCCUUGCGUAUGAGACCCUUUACAAAGCAUCAUCAGGUGCCAAAGGAUCAGGAUGCUCCUUCAUCCAUGAGGUCAGGAAAGAUGAGGACAUAUAUUCCCCCAUUUUACGGAAACUCUUCAAUGAGUCACAUCACAUCUUUGUUGGCCUGCAGACAAUUAAAGAAGACCUCCCUAGCAAGAACAAAAAACCCCAAUUUGUCAGCAUCAGUAAAAACUAUAGAUCUGUGAUACGAGCCUGUAUGGAGGAGCUUCAGCAAGUUGCAGUUUCCACAAAAGAUGUAAAAGUGGCCAUGCAAUAUGGAAAUCAGGUAUGUACCACUGCUCCUGGAGGCAACCAGACGCUGACAGAGUAUGAUGUGAAGUGGAGGCACUGGCAUGAGGAGGUGGACCGCUGCCUGCAGGACAAUUCAUUCGCCAGCAACAAACAUCUGGAGAUCAUCUGCAGGAUCCUAGUUGGGGAUGAAGACACGUUGCUGGAGCACAAGGAGCUCCUGGGCACCUGGUAUCACUUCCUGGUCACGAGACUACUCUUCAGCCACCCUACAGUCCAACCCACAGAGUUACACUACUAUGCACAGUCCUGCAUGACGAUGUUUCUGGACUCGAGGAGCGUCCCUGAACCCCUGGACAACAUUUUGCUGGCUGCGUUUGAGUUUGACAUCCACCAAGUCAUCAAGGAGUGCAGCAUUGCUCUCAACAACUGGUGGUUUGUGGCCCAUUUGACAGAUCUGUUGGAUCAUUGCAAACUCCUCCAGUCUCACAAUGUGCAUUUUGGAUCCAACUUGCGAGAGUUUCUCCUGCUAGAAUACGCUUCUGGUCUCUUCACUCAUCACAGUCUUUGGCAGUUGGCCGUGGAUUACUUCGACCACUGCCCAGAUUUAGGCCGGGUGUACCUGGAGCUGCAGAUUGAGCGUGUUCCUUUAAACACGGAGCGCAAAGCCCUCAAGGUGCUCAGGAUCUGCGAGCAGAGGCAAAUGUCAGAGCAAGUGCGGAGCAUCUGUAAGAUCAUGGCUAUGCGAGCCCUGAAGAACAACAGGCUGGGCUCGGCUCUCUCCUGGAGCAUCAGGGCCAAAGAUGCUGCCUUCGCCACCCUCAUCUCAGAGAGGUUUCUACAGGAUUAUUGCGCCAGAGGGACAUUCUCUGAUCUGGAUCUGAUCGACAACUUGGGUCCAGCAAUGCUGCUCAGCGACAGGCUCACUUUCCUUGGGAAGUACCGUGAGUUCCACCGGCUGUACGGAGAGAAGCGCUUCGGCGAGGCGGCCAAGCUGCUCCUCUCCCUGAUGACGGCCAAGAUCGCCCCCCGCAGCUUCUGGAUGACCCUGCUGACCGACGCCCUGCCGCUGCUGGAGCAGAAAGAGGUGAUCUUCUCGGCCGGCCAGACCUACGAGCUGAUGUUCUGUCUGGAGGAGCUCACCUCCUCUCUGAGCUCCGUGGCUCCCGCCACAGACGGGACUAUGCAGGAUGAAGACAUAGAGCAGACCAAGGUGGAGCUCCUGAGACUCGCUCUGGCCAGGAACCUGGCCAUGGCUAUAGUCAAAGAAGGAACUGUGUCAACAUGAAUGAUGCCAUUUAAAAAAGAAACCUCUUAUUAUUCAUUUUUGUAUUGUAUAUAAAGUUUGAGUUAUCAACAUGUGCUCUUUGAUAAUAAAACCCUUUUCAUGAUGUA